CCCCUGGACUCUUUUCCCACAAAGCUGUCAGUGACACACACGCACUUGACAGCAACACAUAUUAUUUUCCUCGUUCCAGUUCGGGUGCAUAUUGUUACAUGUUUUAAACGAAAAACGAUCUCCCUAGUGUAGAACAUAAUGUUGCAGUUUAUGCUCCUGUUCAGCCGACAAGGCAAACUUAGGCUACAGAAAUGGUACGUCGCACACUCGGAUAAGGUGAAGAAGAAGAUCACCCGCGAACUGAUCACAACAAUCCUCUCCCGUAAACCCAAGAUGUGUUCCUUCUUGGAGUGGAAAGACUGUACCAUUGUUUACAAAAGAUACGCCAGCUUGUACUUUUGCUGCGCUAUCGAACAGAACGACAAUGAGCUGUUAACGCUGGAAGUGAUACACAGAUACGUGGAGCUGCUGGACAAGUACUUCGGCAGUGUAUGUGAGCUGGACAUCAUAUUCAACUUCGAGAAGGCCUACUUCAUACUGGACGAGUUGCUGGUGGGAGGCGAAAUACAGGAAACGUCCAAAAAGAAUGUCCUCAAGGCUAUAGCGGCUCAAGAUGUGCUACAAGAGCAAAAGGAACUGGAGUGCUAAUGAGUUUAAAAAGAGCAAAAAGUGCACAUUAAAUCUAUCGAAUAUUUAAAUGGUUUUAUUUACACGAUUUCGCGUUCGACCGGUGCAACUCGAGCAGGCAAAAAUAGUUCAACAAAUAGUCAAUCGUGUGUUGGGUUGGUUGGCAAAUAAUGUAAUGGCUUUGUCCUUCGUUUUUGGCUUGUUCAACAGCAGGCCCAGAUAGUGGGUGACAAUCGACAGAGCUGGGCUGAAACAGAAAUGCGCGCAUCCUCUUCAUCUACGCUGUAAAUAUGCAAAUGGUUCGGAAUAUUCAAAUGUGCUUAUCCGUUACAUAUUUAAGUUGUUCGUUAUCGUUAAAUUAGUGUUCCUUCUUACGACGUUUGUACUUUGUCUCUUUCUCUCUCUUUCUUUUGGUCAAGUUUGGUCGUUUUAAUUUUGCUACUGGGAGUGUUUUUUGCAAUAGAGUUUCUUUGAUAUUCAUCCAUUUGCUUCUUCGAGUUUGUAGAAUUUUUUUAAUAACAUGUUCCCGAAAGGGCACAGCAAAAUACAGGGCUCUUUGGUUGAUAAUUUAAAAGCAUCGAUCCUAUUUUGUAAACUCUGCAUGAAAUGGUAAACAAAGCUAGAUAACAAUUCAUGCAAAAAGAUUAACGUAAGGAUCGAUCGAUUUUACAUUAUCAACAGAAACGCCCUAUAAUGUUUGCAUUGCCUGCGUAAUAGACGAGAUAUCAAUCGGGAUCGGGUCCUCCGCUGGUGCUUGGGAUGCAGAGCCUCAUCACAUUCGCUCCGCCUUCAUCGAUCGACUGAACCAUCCUUAUCGUUUAAGUUGGUUGGAUUUGGGAACCGCUGCAAUUCGCCUCGAUUUCUUCACUAAAAUCAACUCCACCUUCUGUUACAGGUCUUAGACGAUGAAGAUUAUUUCCUAUUGUACUAAAUUCAAAACCCCGAACCAGGGUUUAGUUUCUUGUUUUCCCUUCUGUCCACCGUCUUUUGCCAUCUGCCGAUCACAGACACUACAACGCAAACCAUAUACUAAGACACAGAACCUUCUUCACCUAUUCGAGCUUGUUCGAAUAAUUCGAAAUGAGAGGAUUUCUUUUUUAAGAGUUUUUUUUUCGCAAAUAAGUUUUCCGUAAAACAAUCAGACGUCCGACAGUAAAAAGUCUGGUAAAGCUUUUAGCAUGAACCAUAUAUAUAUAUAAUCAUGACUUAACGAUUAAUAGCAUAAGCAAAACAUAAUCACAAAUAAUGCUGACAGUGGCAUAUUAAUAAUAGCAACCGAUUUAUUCGUUACUCUAAACGAUAAAAGAGCCAUCUAUCCUUUUCACACGCUUAAUAAAAAUAUAUUUCGGAAAUAUGAUAGACAACAAAAAAGGGCAAUGCUGUUGCAAAUAAUAGUUUAAAAAAUGAAAAAAUUUAACGAUAUAAAAAAUACCCCCACGACGACAUACACAAACAUAUGUAACCAUGAUUUACUUUUUAUCGUAAAAAAUGUUCCCAAAAAAAGAAAAAUAUGCCCCAAAAUAUACACCACCACAACACA